UCCGCAGCAGCGAACGGAGACGCUGGGCUUCUACGAGAGCGACCGAGGCAGGAAGAAGAAGCGGAGCUUCUCGGAUCUGUCACUGCUGAGAUUCAUCAGUGCGGAGCUAACAAGAGGUUACUUCCUUGAACACGACGAGGCGAAAUACACCGAGCGGAGAGAGAGAGUGUACACCUGCAUGCGGAUACCCAAAGAACUGGAAAAGUUGAUGUUUUUUGGAAUCUUUUUGUGCCUGGAUGCUUUUCUGUAUAUAUUCACCCUUCUUCCCUUGAGAGUUUUUCUGGCAAUGUUCCGGUUCAUCGCUUUGCCUUUCUAUGGCUUACGCUCUCAUCGAGGCCUAACAGCAAGUGAUAGACGUUUGCUGCAACCUGCUCAGGUAUGUGACAUGCUCAAAGGAGUUAUAUUGGUCAUCUGCUACUUCAUGAUGCACUAUGUUGACUACUCUAUGAUGUAUCAUCUGAUAAGGGGACAGUCUGUCAUAAAGCUCUACAUCAUCUAUAACAUGCUUGAGGUGGCUGAUCGUCUGUUUUCUUCAUUUGGACAAGAUAUUUUGGAUGCUCUUUAUUGGACAGCUACAGAACCUAAGGAAAGAAAAAGAGCUCACAUAGGUGUGAUUCCUCACUUCUUAAUGGCAGUGAUGUAUGUCUUCCUGCAUGCUAUUCUUAUAAUGGUUCAAGCAACAACCCUUAAUGUGGCUUUCAACUCCCACAAUAAAUCACUGCUUACCAUCAUGAUGUCCAAUAAUUUCGUUGAAAUAAAAGGAAGUGUUUUCAAGAAGUUUGAGAAGAACAAUCUGUUUCAAAUGUCAAAUAGCGAUAUAAAGGAGAGGUUCACCAAUUACGUGCUGCUACUAAUUGUAUGCCUAAGAAAUAUGGAACAGUUCUCAUGGAAUCCAGAUCAUCUUUGGGUCUUAUUCCCAGAUGUUUGCAUGGUGGUUGCUUCAGAAAUUGCAGUGGAUACUGUGAAACAUGCCUUCAUAACAAAAUUCAAUGACAUUACAGCAGAUGUCUACAGUGAGUACAGAGCCAGCCUUGCAUUUGACCUUGUGAGCAGUCGACAGAAAAAUGCAUACACAGAUUAUAGUGAUUCAGUUUCCAGAAGAAUGGGCUUCAUUCCUCUUCCACUGGCUGUUUUACUCAUCAGAGUCAUAACAAGCUCAAUAAAAGUACAAGGAGUCUUAGCUUACAUUUGUGUUGUGCUGUUCUACUGCGGAUUAAUAUCCUUUAAAGUCCUUAACAGUAUUGUAUUGCUGGGGAAAUCAUGUCAAUAUGUAAAGGAGGCAAAAAUGGAGGAGAAAUUAUUCAAUCCUAUCCUGACUGCCACCCCAGGGAAGCCAGCUGGCAAACAGCAAAGCAUGUUUAAAUCUACCCAAGGAAAGCCCACAGAUGGAAAUGGAUCUGCAUCAGUUACCAGUCAGCCUGUGCAUCAGAAGGAGAAUGCACCCUCUUUACUCAUAACAAGCAAUUCUGAUCAAUUUCUGACAACUCCUGAUGGAGAAGAAAAAGAUAUAAGCCAAGACAGUUCAGAAUUAAAACACAGGUCUGCAAAGAAGGACUUGUUGGAGAUAGACAGGUUUACUAUUUGUGGAAACAGAAUUGACUAAGUUGUUUGAUUUUUCUUUUUUUUUUUUUUUAAUCAAUGUGCUAAGGAUACUGAGCUGUUGGAGCAGCAGAUGCUACCAGAAUGGACAGAUGCCCAAAAAAAGGCACAUAAAUAUUUAUUUAAAAACUUAAAUUAUUAAUGGCAAAAAAAAAUUAAUUUCUUUAUAUGAGUAACUUGGCUUGGUAUCUGGUCAGGUCAAGUAAGUGAUCUUUCAUUUGCCUCUCGUGAGUCUCUAGCCUGGUGGCAGAAAUUCAGUAUCUUCUUGUCUGGAAAAGAGACUGGAAAGAAAGCCUAAUCCUGUUCUGCGCUAUGAAACCAUGCUUCCAGAGCAUACUACUUCUCAUGAAGGUUCCUCCAGUGUAAGGAUACUCCUGGACAUAUGACAGCUUGACCAGAAGCCUGUCUUUUCAGUUACCUUGUUUUGUUAAGCAUCUGCAAGCAGAAUUCAAAACUUGUGCUUUUAUCAACAAACGCGUAAAGCAUUGGUACAUAAAACAGUAAGUCAAGAUAGUUACUCCUGUCAACAAAAAUCUUCGAUAUGUACCUUGAAAAUCUUGUAAUCAGAAUAAAACUUUGCCUUUAAAUGAAAGACCUACUGCAUACUAUUUUAUCUAAGUUCUAAAGAGCAAGGAAAGAUCACAGUCAUAAAGGUUCUGCUGAACUGGGCAAAUAUGAAGCAUAUUAAUUUCUUGUGUUGUGUGUCCUGCAAGGCAGAUUACUUAUAAAUUAUUUUUAAGAGCUGAGGAUUUUUUGUUGCUGUAGGAAAAAAGAUCUAAUUAAGGGACGCUUCUGUAUGUUGAGGAAAGGCAAUGUGAAUUGCAGCAAAGUGGUGUGUUGGUGCCCUAUGUAUGGCAUUAACACAGCAGCAAAGAAUGACACUGCAUUUGGGGUCUAACUGACAAGACUGGCAUCUAUGUACUACCUUGCCUGAUAUGCUUAUAAAAGUUCAUGCUGACAAUCAAAUCAGAGUUACCCAUUUUAAUUGAUUUGGUUUAGCCGAACUUAAGUAGAUAGACUUGAUAUAUAAUGAAUAUUUAAGCAUUACAAUGCAUCUGCAUGUCUAGUGUGAGAUGCAGUCCUGGGAGAAUUGAUGAAAGAUAAUUUGGAAUGCUCAGACCAAGCGUGGAAUAAAUUUGAGCUCAAAGCAUAUGUUUGGAGACUUGUAUCAGAAGAGACCCUUUAGUUAAAGAUAAAUCCUUCCUCUAUUGUUAAACAGCGUUAACCUCACUUGCCUUUCAGAUAUUUAAGUAAGACCAUUUCAAUUUCCAAGGGAAGAUGUCAUAAAAGUAUUUCAGUGCUGAACAAACGAGGAUAAAAUUUGCUUUUUGCUAAUUUAAUAAUUUGUCAGGGUGAGAAAGCCAAAUUUUAUUUGCUCUGUGAACAUGUGAAAGUUCAAUGUAAAUGCUAAUCCCUGAAACUUGCAGGACUACAGUACAGAGCAGAUAGAGACAGGCAGAGUUAUCACGUAUCUGAGCAGACUUGGUAAUGAGGUUAGCAUGGUCUGCUCUGGUGGGAGCUCCUUGCUCCAGUCCUUCAGCCUCUCUCCUAUCAAGAGCAGCUGGAGCAAUGGCCAAAAUGUGUGGUUACUGUUCAGGGAAGAGAGCAAAAGAGAACUUGUGCUGGGGAAAAUCCUGAAAUUCUUUCAGUUUUGAUGUAUUUUAUACUAAUUGGAGAUGUUCACACAUUGAAAUUCAGAUUGUCAAUUUGGUGUAUAUUAUUUUUUAAUUAUUUAGGAGUUGCUGAAGAAAUCUUGGAAUUGGUUUCGUUUUUUCUGUUGAAUGACAUU